GCGCUGGGUGGCGGUGGCGUAAUCUCGCAGCCUCUCAGCCUCUCCUUCCCUCCGCCUCAGUUUGGGGCGGGUCCGGAGAAUGGCUUCGGACAUAGAGUCGUCGCUCGAGGCGAGCUUCUCAUCCAGCGGUGCAGUGUCAGGGGGCUCAGGGUUUCUGCCACCGGCUCGCUCCCGCAUCUUCAAGAUAAUCGUGAUUGGCGACUCCAAUGUGGGCAAGACGUGCCUGACCUACCGCUUCUGCGCCGGCCGCUUCCCCGACCGCACCGAGGCUACGAUCGGGGUGGAUUUCCGAGAACGAGCGGUGGAGAUUGAUGGGGAGCGUAUCAAGAUCCAGUUAUGGGACACAGCGGGGCAAGAACGAUUCAGAAAAAGCAUGGUCCAGCACUACUAUAGAAACGUGCAUGCUGUUGUCUUCGUGUAUGAUAUGACCAACAUGGCGAGUUUUCACAGCCUGCCGUCUUGGAUAGAAGAAUGCAAACAGCAUUUGCUAGCUACCGAUAUACCACGGAUUCUUGUUGGAAAUAAAUGUGACUUGAGAAGUGCCAUUCAGGUACCCACAGACUUGGCACAAAAAUUUGCUGACACACACAGUAUGCCUUUGUUUGAAACCUCUGCUAAAAACCCCAAUGAUAAUGACCAUGUGGAAGCUAUAUUUAUGACCUUGGCUCAUAAGCUUAAGAGCCACAAACCGCUAAUGCUUAGUCAACCCCCUGAUAACGGAAUUACCCUGAAGCCUGAACCAAAGCCUGCAAUGACAUGCUGGUGCUAAAUCACGGUCUUUAUUACAGUAUCUAAUAUUGACUAAAGAAAUACUUCUGAAGUAUGACAGUGAUAAGUCAUAGAAUUUAAUCUCACAUACAAUGGAUCAUCCUGACACGUUACUGUUUAUCAUUGUCAUGCUUAUUUUUGUAUUUUGUGUCUACUUAAUCAAGUUUGUCACUGUGACACCACAAGGAAAAAGUUUUCAGGUGAGGUUGAAAUGAAGCAAUAUUAGGAUGAAUCAGAACAUCUUUGCAUUGAGAGCGCAAGGAGGAGGCUUCAUAUGAGAGCAUAAUGGGAUUUUAAGAGUCAGUGAUUGUUUAAUCCUGUGUUCCUGGAAUUGAAAAAAUAUAUUAAGGGUUUAGGGCACUUACUGGUAUGUCCUUUGAAUAGGAAGUAUUCUCAGUAGGAUAAAACUGGUAUUUGCCUCUCCCUAGAGUUCUUUCUUUGUAUUGUUAGUAUAUUAAUUGCAUUAUUAUUGGUACAUUUUAAGAGCUAAGACUUCAGAUCUGGUAGAAGAAGACCUAGAAUGUUUUCUGGUUCUCAGCCCAGAAAGAAUGACUUUCCCAAGGUUCUAGAUGUUUGAUCUUUGUAAACAGUGUCAAUCAGGUCUGUAAAAAUAUCAUUGUCAUUUUUAAAAAGAGUAAUUCUAUAAAAUAUGCAGAAGUAAAUCAGAUUUUAAUGCAAAUGAAAUGACAUAAUAAGGUGCUUUAUACUUUACUUUGUUAUAUUUAAAUAGUAAAAAACUAAUUGAAAGAUUUGAGAAGUUAUAGUUUACGGGAAAUAAAUAAACAUGGUUCCUGACUGCCACAAGAGACCUUCCAGCUCUGGGCUUUUAGUCGUUUCAGACUGUGUUCUGAUAUAGGAUCUCAUGCUCCCCCCAUCCCCAAUCAACUUAAUGCCUAAACGCAUUCAUCAUCUCUCUUCCAUUUGAAUUGUAACUCUGAGGGCACACCUAUAAUUGCUGUGAGUCUGCAUUUAUUUCUGUAAUAGAAUUGUGUCAUAGUAUGCUGCUGUUUAGAUCUUUAAAUCUUAUGGUCACAACAAACUACUCCUCCUCAGUAUGAAAAAUAAAUUAGGUAUUACAGAAUAUCUAGUCAAUUCCUCAGUGAUGGAAAGAAUAUUUCAGAAAGUAUUUUACCCUAAAUACUUUUGUUUUGAAUGUAAGAGUUUGCACAUAGGAAAUAAUAAGCUUGCAUAUGACGAUAUUACAUGAAUGGAAUGUAAGCCAUGAACUCUAACUGAAGUGUGCACAUUCACUAAUUCUGAAAGAUUGCUGAAUUUACCAUUCUAGAGGACAUUAAGCCGAAAGGUGAUUAUACAUAAAAUAUUUUCAGAAUGUGGGAAACCAAUGAAAUAUGUGAUCUAAUCUAGUUUAGAAUUUUUUACUUAAUCAUGGUGGUCCUGGUUGAGUAAUUUAGUUAUAAAAACAAGAUAAUUCUAUUAAAUAAACUAACUGAAAAUAAUAAUUAAGGGAAAUAAUUAUUCUAUUUUAAACACUAGACCUUAAGGAAAAAGAAAUUGUAUUUGUUUUUAAUGAGAUGAAUCCAUUUUUCUUAUCAUGCUAGAAUUAAAAGUGGUUUGACUAUAUCUAAAUUGAUAUUAAUUUGUAACUAUUUUUAUAGCAAAACAAUGACAGCUGUUAUCAUUGUUGUGGGUGUUAACAGUUUUUUAAAGAAGGGAAUCUGUUUAUUGCUUAUCAAAACAUUUUCUAAAGUGGGGGAAGAAAGUUUACAGACUUUCCAAGCACAUUUAUGUUUUUUCAAUGCUGUUAUUAAUAUUUUUUUUUAAGUAAUUUAACUUUAUUUCUUUUUGUAAGGAGUGAGUAGUAAGUAUCCUUUAAAGUUCUCUGAAAGGACUUAUUUUUUCCACUUUAAUAUUUAUUAAUUUAAAAAUAUUUGUAUCCCAUUCGUGGUGAUUUGUUUUCAUUUUUAAAAGGAACAUACUUAUCAGUUGAAUGGGGAUGAAACUUUUAGAUAUUUUCCAAAAUAUUUAUAAAACACCAACUAUUGACAAAUCACUUCCAAAAUGGUGGCUAUUAUUAAUUUUUAAUGCACAAGUCACAAGUUUUAUAACUCCUGUGUGAGUUUGUUUUAAUGGUGUCCUUUAGUUGAAAACUUUAGAUAUGUUUUGGAAAAGUCAUAGUUUGGGAGAACACCAAAGGAAGCUAAUCCAGGCUAUAAUAAAGUUAGUUCAUAAUGACAGUAUGUUGCUAAUACAUUUCUUCUUGAAAUCUAAACGAGAGUUAAAUAAUUUUGUUGUGGAGUAGUGUCACUGUAAUUUUGCCCUCAUGAAGUUCAAUAAACCAGCUUUGACAUAAGGAAA